CUGACAGACAGAGGUAAGGCUUCAGUCGCACAUACACAUCCUGCUCAUCGUGUCGCUGCUGCUGCUGCGGAUACUUCCCUGUAUGUCCCGAGCCCACCUGCAGGUAACAUGUACUCGACUGGCACUGCGGCAGCAGCAUGACCGUGGGGCAGGUGAGACGGAGGAAGAUGCAGCCCACGUCGGAUAGUAGUGGCCCUAUCAGCUUGUCCCCAACUGGACCAGGAAUUCCUUCUCUCAGCCGGAGUCGCAGUGUCCGGGAGCAGCAGGCGCAGCUGAAGCACAAGCUCAGAGAGCUGCCAUCCCUGCUGAAGAGCGGCCUGACCCUGCGGAGACGGAGUUCUGUUCAUGCCCCCUCACCUUCCUUAUGUGAAAGCGAGGACACGGCUGUAGCUGGUCCCACGGGCAGUCCGAUACUUCCUGAAAGAAUUCCAAGCCUGUAUGUGGAUAAUUCAGCCACUAAGCUGUAUGGUGAAAGUGUUUCAUGUGCAGGAAGAGCUCUGAGAAAUGCAGUGAGAAGUCAAACACCUGAACUGAUUAGGGAUCGCAUGUAUCUGACAUGUAUUUGCAGAAAAAGUUGUGUGGGGUCUGAAUUGGUGGAUUGGUUGCUGCAGCACUGCCCCUUUGUGCAGUGUCGAUAUACUGCGGCUAGUAUCUGGCAGAUAUUAUUGAAACUCGGGAUUCUACUAUCAGUGGACAAACAACUAUGUUUCCAAGAUGCUUAUGUGUUCUACCAGUUUUCCUCUGAAGAAUGUGGGGACGCUGCCUGUGAAUUUGGCAGAGAUAAAGGAUGGCUUGUGGGUGUCAGACUUUUAAAGCAACUUGCCCCUCUCGUUCCUCUUACAUCAAACAUGUGUGAUGUAUCAGCUGAAAAGCUAGAACAUUCAAAUGAAGCAAAUAACAAAAUUCUGCAAAUUCAAGCACUUGCACGUCUCACGUCUGCGGUGCAGCGGGAGCUGGCAGCUGUAAUUGCUUUGAAAGCAAGAAAAUCUGUUGGUGAUGAAGAAGAGAUAAACUGCCCACAAGAAGCCAUUCAAGAGAAUAGUGAGCAUUCAACAGAAGCAGAGGCUGGAGUAAUGUGUAAACUUCAUGGACGAGAAGAAUUCAGACGUAUUGAUUUUGUCCAGAAACUCGCAAGAGAAAGUCAGUUCUUGCCGUCGGCGUCCAAACUACCUGAUAAAAAACAGGAUGAAGAGGAAUCCACUGUACAAGUGAAGGAGGAAGACCAAGAUGUUCUGGUGCUUAAGAAAGUGCCGUCAGAAAGCCCAGCCCCCACAGCAGGGAGUGCCCAGAAUGAUUGGAGGUACGUGGUGGUAUCGGGGACCCCGGAAAAGAUUCUGGAGCACCUCUUGAAUGAUUUGCACCUGGACCAGGUACAAGAUAAAGAUACAGAUACACUCCUGGAUGACUUCCUCCUCACAUACACUGUCUUCAUGACAACAGAAGACUUGUACCAAGCUCUACUAACACAUUAUUGUGCAACAAAAUAUGAUGGCAAAGCAGAAAGCCCGGAGGCCCUGUGCACAAAGAGAAAGGUAUUGCUUCUUGCCUCUCAGUGGACUUCAUUGUACAAGGACUGGUUACACGAAGAUGAGCAUUCUAAGCUCUUCCUUAAGACCCUCCACCGGUAUGUGUUGGAUGAUGUUUAUGAAUACCCUGGUUUAGAAAAGGAAUUAAAGGAAUUUCAAAAAGUCAUGUGCUUCCAUCGUCGCCAUACAGUUGAUGAAUACUCACCUCACAGAAAGAAUAAAGCCCUUUUCCACCAAUUCAGUCUAAAGGAGAACUGGCUCCAGCAGAGAGGAAAUGCAAAUGAAAUAGAGGAAAUUUUCUGCCGUGUCUACAUGACAGAUCACUCCUAUGUAAGCAUCAGGGCCAAAGUAUCCAGUUCUGCGCAGGAGAUACUAAAGAUAGUGGCGGAGAGGCUUCAGCUUUCGGAGGAAGACCUGGCUUUGGUCACUGUCACAUACUGCGGGGAAAAACAUGAGCUUCUACCAAAUGAAUUGGUCCUCUCCAAAACCCUGGAGCCCUCCAACCGUAUUUAUACUUACAGGAAGAGUGACACAUUGAACCCAUUUGCAGAAAAUGAGGAGACCCAGCACAGAUCAGUAAGACUUUUGGGAAUAAACACUUGGGAUAUUGCAUUCGAACUAACAAGCUUUGACUGGAGCCUUUUCAAUUCCAUACAUGAGCAAGAGCUGAUUUACUUCACAUUCAGCAGGCAGGGGAAAGGAGAAAACACGAUGAACCUCAGCCUUCUACUUCAGAGAUGCAACGAAGUGCAGCUUUGGGUGGCCACAGAGAUCCUGCUGUGUAACCAGCUUGGGAAGCGAGUGCAACUUCUAAAAAAGUUCAUCAAAAUUGCUGCUCAUUGCAAAGCUCAGAGGAAUCUGAACAGUUUUUUUGCUAUUAUAAUGGGACUCAACACCGCAUCUGUCAGUCGACUUUCUCAGACCUGGGAGAAAAUCCCAGGGAAGUUAAAGAAACUGUUCUCUGAACUUGAAAGUCUGACGGAUCCUUCUCUGAACCACAAAGCAUAUCGAGAUGCAUUCAAGAAAAUGAAGCCCCCGAAGAUCCCCUUCAUGCCAUUACUUCUCAAAGAUGUUACUUUCAUUCAUGAAGGGAAUAAAACAUUUUUGGACAACCUUGUUAAUUUUGAAAAGCUGCAUAUGAUUGCUGAUGCUGUCAGAUCAAUGAGAUACUGCAGGAAUAAUCAGUUUGGCAAUGAUCUUCCCCAGAAGGAACGUCAGGAGGCCAAGUUCUGCACAAAUCAUUUGCACGUCAUCGAUAACCAGCAGACGCUUUUCGAGCUGUCCCACCGGAUAGAGCCGCGGGUAUGAACACACUCCAGUCCUAGCUCCAGAUUAAAGACUGCCAAUGCCAAGCAUGUUGCUUAAAACCAUUUAUACUGAGUUUUAUCAGUAUGGAACACUUGUAUAUAGAAAGACAACAGAGAAACAAGCAGCCCAAAGCUUGCCAUGAAUCUGAAUCUAAUGAAGACGGAAAUGUUAGGAAGGGGAUCUACCUUCAAAUACCUAACAGAGCCACAACAACUGCUUUCAGUAUUUGCUUUAUACAAAACUUGCAGAAGAAAAAUGUGAAGUGAAAUAUACACCUGAAAUGUCUUCACUAGCCCACAGAUCUAUAAUGGCUUCUGCAUGGCCCCUGAUACCAGGGCUAACAUAUACCCUUUCCCCACAGAUACAGCUAAUUCACAUAGAUUUGCUAUUGGCAAUGUGUACAUUUUAAUACAGACCCGUUGAUAUUGUUAAUCCCUGGUGCUAGGAAACCCUUCAGUGCCAAAUCUAGUUCUGCUUAACCCUUAUAUAGAAGGAAUUUGCAAGUUUCCUUUUCUUUUGUACUAUGUUUUAUAGUAUGUGCAACAUACAGUGCUAGCUGUAUAAUCCUCCUGCACAAAGUGCAGACUCAUUGGAGAAUAAAACACCCGUUUUCCCUUCUCUGUCA